UGCAAAACUAGAUGCAUGCACGGAAGUUAAGUCUCAGAACAAUAGGUCAGUGGUGGUUUGAUGCUGUGUGGGGUUUGCUUGUAAGUGUGUGUAUGCCAGUGUCACAUUUCCAUCAUUGAACUGUGACACUGUGACACAGGCUUGUUUUGUGUAGACUACCUUCUGGAGUACAAGUGUGAAGAAGUUGAAACACAACAAAGCUGGAAAAGUCUGCCAAAGUGUUCUGUAAACCUGGCAAGGUGAACAUCAGAAAUGGGGACGCUCUCAGAUGACAUCAGGAGGCUUUUGGAAGAUUGCGAGCUGUUUGUUUCAGAAAUCCUGCAGGACGAGAACCUCAGCAGACAAGCCAGCGAGACGCGCAGUGUUUUACUGAAUAACUUCAGAGUUGUCCGUGCAAGAAAUCCACAGGAAUUCCCAUUCAGAUCUGAUUCCAGGCAGGAAGACAGUUCUGAUGACAACCAGAGUUCCAGUCUGGGACGGUCAGAUGAUGCCUCAGUCGCCUCCGACUACCAGGAUGAAGAAUCUCCUGAGAUCUUGGUGGCAGCCCAGGACCUCAGCAAUAUAUUGAAGCAAGGCCACUUGGAAAAGAAACGACGAGAUCACAGCUUCUUCGCUACUGAAUGGCAAAAGAGAUGGUGCGUCCUGAACAAUACAAUAUUCUACUACUUUGGGAGUGAAAAAGACAAACAGCAGAAGGGCUCAUUCUACAUCAAUGGCUACAGUGCAGACCUGGUGACCAACUUGCGAAAAGACUCCAAAAAAAACGCCUGUUUUGAACUAAGUGCCCCUGGACACCGAAGCUAUCAGUUCACUGCCAGCAGUCCUCGAGAGGCCAGAGAAUGGGUGGACCAGAUCAAUUUUGUACUGAAAGAUCUCAGCUCCAGCUUCAUCCCUGUUGAUGACGACGAGGAAGAGGAGGAAGAGAAUGAAGAGGAGACCUAUGAUGACAUUGAGGGAGUGACCAACCCGCCCCCACCCCGGCACGCUCCUGCCCAUGCCGCUCACAGCAGACAGGAGGAGUGGAGGAGCAGACAAAGAGACCAGAACAGAGGAGGCGAUGUGGAGGAGGAGGAGGAAGAGGAGGAGGAGGAUAUCUAUGAGGUGCUGCCAGAGGACGAUUUCCCUGAUUCUGCUGAAGCCAGCCAGAGGAACAUCAAACCAGCUCUCACGUCAGAUUACGCCAACUACUAUCAGGGUUUGUGGGACUGUGAGGCAGACGAACCCGAUGAGCUGACCUUCCACAGAGGAGAUCUCAUCUUCAUCAUUAGCAAGGAACACAACAUUCAUGGCUGGUGGAUCGGCCAGCUGAACGGCGCCACGGGGAUCGUCCCCAAGGACUACCUGCACCCAGCCUACAUCCUGUGAGCUGCAACAGAGCUGCUGAUGACACAUCUGGCCAUAUAUUUUACGGACAAUCUUGUAAGAUCAUCCGCUGUAAUCUGAGAGUGAUCAUCGUCAAUAAUACUGUAUAUAAUGUCACAUAAUUCCUCUGCAAUUGUAAUUUUCCAUGUACUUAUUUUAUGUGUGACCACGAUAGCUUAUACCAUGUAUAACAUCGGUAGUCUGAUACAUCAGUUUGUCAAAAGAGCAAAAAUCCAAAUAAUGUGCAAGGAAACUAAAUUAUUCCCAUUGUUCAGUUACGGGAAAGGUUGCUUAAUUAGUACCAUGUGUCAAAUUAAUGGACAAUAUGAGAGCAUUUCAAACUAUACCCUCCAAAGUAAGUGUAAAUAAAAAAUUUACUUCUGCUGAUAAAAUUCAUCAUCUU